CAUUAGCAUUUGGUCCUGCCAGUUUACUGUUCUGCAGCUCCAGGGAAGGACAGGAGAGGGACGGGAGAAGAAAGGAAUCUACAGAAAACAGAGGAAAAUAAGAAAGGAAAAAUACAAUAAAGUCAUACUUUUUUGGUGAAAAACACACACAUAUAGAUAUAUAUAUAAUUUACAUAUGCCUGUAUAUAUAUAUCAUUAUAUGCCUGUUUUUGGAAAGGGAUUUUGUUGCUGCACUUGGAAAGGGAUUUUGUUGCUCUCAGAUACAAAAUUGUGAGACUGCUUAGUUUGUUACAUCCUGCCAAGUUAUUGCAUUUGACUGCUUUUUAACUGCAAUGGCAAAUGCAAUUGCCUGGUACAAACGGACUGCAUAAAAAUUAUACAACAAUGACAAUUAUCUUUGUCUCUUCUCAAUUUUUGGAGCCAUUUUUUUAGGAUUACAGAUUUCCUUUCUUUCCCCUUUAUUUGUUUUUUUUUUUUUUUGAGGGAGGAGGAGGCAGGGACGAGCGACCCGCGUGCUUUGUGCUGGCCGGGAGCGUGUAAAUAAAACGUGAGGGACAGGAGCGGCUGAAGUUAGUCAAUGGACGUAAUCUUACAGAUGCAGAAAGUCCCGCCGACUUCCCAGCAAAUGUGUUUAUCUGUGUUCAAGGACAGACUCACGGCAGGGGGGGGGAAGAUGAAGGAAAACAGAGAGAAGAAAUAGAGAGAGGAAGACAAAAAAAGAGAAGGAAGAGAGAAGGGCGAUAGAGGAGCAUCAAAGUACUAUUAGAAAAACAAACAAGCAAACAAACAAGAAGCAGCACCUGGAAGAGCAGCAGCGAUGAGAGACGAACGCCCAGGCGCUAGCCCGCGGCCGGCGUGGACGCACAUACGCACACGGACACGCGGAGCUGCUCGGGUUCCGCUCCUGCUUCUGUGAGAGGAGACCGGGAGGGCAGGGGGUAGCUGGCAAAACCGCAGAGAUUUCGCUGGGCAAACUUCCGUCUAAGGGAACACUUGUGGUCCGGUUGCCCGCGGACACCCUGAGUGUGGACGUCCCGGACUCGGACUGGAACCCAAGGAGACGGUCAGAGGGAGCUGCGUCUGGACACCGACCAGGGUUAGAAGGGGGGGGUUCAACUGAACGUGGGAUUUUCAGUUCGCCACGUGAAUUUCAGCCUCGUUCCCUAAACGAAAUGCCAUCCACCCCGUGGAAAAUAUGAAUCAUUCCUUUAUCAGCUGGCCCCGGGUUUCAGGGGUGAACGAAGGACAGAAGACCCCUGGGAUGGAAAACGAACCUGCGAUGGCGGUAUAAACAGGGAUUUGAACUGAUGAGUGAGAUUGCACAAUCUGACCAGGAGGGUUUAGGGUUUAUCUAAACCCAAUCUAGGGAUUUCAGGAGAAAAAACAAACAAACAAAAAACAAGCAUAAAUUUAAAAAAGAAAGACAACAGCUACCUUUUCAGGUGAAAUAUAAGUGGAUUAAACAUAAUAUUCCCAAUCUGGUGAUUUCUAUCAUUGUUUCUUGCAGCAACAAAAAAACAAAAAACUGAUGAUAUGAAUUCUCUGUGCUAUGUGAUCUAAAACAAAGCUCUGUUUUGUUUGUAGUUGCUGACAGGACCUCAAAAUGCCAGUUGAAAACUUUAUUAUUUUGGGAUUAUAAAAAAAAUUCUGGAGUAAUACUUAUUUCCAGAUGACAUUCACUAAACUGGUUACUCUACAUCUUGCUGGAUCUUUCAUUUUUUGCUUUUUUUUUGGAAAAACCAAUGCAAACAAUUUCAUAAAAACCCCCAGGAACGAUAUGACCCCCUCCAAUCUUGCAUUGUGAACUUGUUGAAAUUCAAAGCUCGAUUGGACUGAUCAGGUCUAAUUUUGCCCGUCUGUCGGUCUCUAAGUCUGAUAAUUACCUUAUGAGUAUUUAGCUGCAGGCAUAACAGUAUUUUAUUGGCUAUUAAAAUUUAAUUGAAUGUUCUUAAUUGCCUCAGUCGAUACUGCUUCUUCCCUGGAGCUCUGUUGAAUGGUCAUUUGUUUUCAUGGAGAGACACUUUUAAAUCAUUGUCACAUUUUUUCCCCAUUUUUCAAUUUUGCCCUUUAAGAGGCUUUGCACGUUUUUAUUUUAUUUUUUUGCUGAAGCUUCACUAGGGAGACCUGCCACUUGCCCUGUCUUUGUUGUGCCGGAACUUUGUUGACACUCCCUAGAGGACAGUGCAAUAUGGCCACCCUUCCCGUUCCACUUUGCCUGGUCUUGGCCCUGCUCCUGGGUCCCGCCACGCUGGCCCAGAAUGGCAAGCAGGCCGAGUUGGACGACCAGUCGACCAAUCAGACCGUGGCGCCCACCAGUGCCACCGAGGUCACCUUGACGACACCCGCGAGUGAGGUUGAGGAUCAGACCAUCUCAUCCAUGGGCAGCCGUUGCUGGGGUUACUAUGAUGUCAUGGGGCAGUGGGACCCCCCCUUCAACUGCAACGCUGGCAUUUACCUGUUCUGCUGCGGCUCCUGCUUCUACCGCUUCUGCUGCCAGUUCAAGCAGCACCGCCUGGACCAGACGUCCUGCUCCAACUACGACACGCCCGUGUGGGCCAACACCGGCAAGCCCGCCUCGCCCAUCACCGAGGUCCACGAGGAGCCCGACCGGGAUCGGACCCACAUGAUCGUCUACAUCAUCUGCGGGGUGGUGGCCAUCAUGGUCCUGGUGGGCAUCUUCACCAAACUGGGCCUGGAGAAGAGUCGAGGGGGUCAGACGGACAUGACCAACUCCAGAAUGUUGACAGAGCUGAUGAAACAGCCAGGGGCGGAGUCAGGCAUGGAUGGGACAGGGGGCCACGCCCCCAUCGGGAGCAAUGGAAUUCAUGGCAGAGGGCUACGCAACACCAAUGAUCACAACCACCUGAACAACGCCUCUCACCCCCCGCUUGGCCCAGCGAUGGCGCUCUCUCACCCCCACAACAACCUCAACAUGCCUGGGCUGGGCUUCAACAAGUACACCUCCCUCAAGGCUGUGGACACAAGCUCCAGAGACUACUACAAGAAUUACCCUAUGAUUGACUAUUCCCAUCAUCAGGCUCCACCUCCUACCUUCCAGCCAAUAGCCUUCCACCCCAAGGACAAGCCCUUCCUCCCGCCGCCCGACAUCCACGCCCCCCUGGCGAUCACCAUACCCCCCAGCCAGCUGGCCAAGCCCAAGAUCUCCAAGACCAACACGCACCCGCUCACCUCCAGCUCGGCCUUCAAAGCCUGGGAUCCCACCAAAAGCCAUGCCCAGCAAACACCCUCAAACAUGGGGCAGCCCUCCAGCCGCCACCAGGCCUUCUCCAACAGGAGGCAGUACAGCGUGGAGACGCUUCCGGAGCUGUUCUCUCAGCCCCUGGGGUACGGGCACACGUCGCACCCUUCACAGCACCAGAAAAACAAGGGGCUUCCCACCAACAGCAAGACAGAGGUGACGGUGUGAGAACAGGCGUUCCGGGAGAGAGAAAGAGAGGGAAAACGACUUCCGGCGUUUCGACGGGAGAUGUGGAGGAGUGAGCGAGUAGCAUUCAUAUGUGACCUCCCCCCCCAGAUUUUAUUACCUGUAAUUAUUA